GGGGAACAUUAAAGCAGUAAGACGUUUGAAUUGACCCGAAACGCUAUGAAACAUGUGGAUUCACGUUUCCUUUGAGCAAAAGAUUUUGUGGCACGUGUUCGUGCUUCUUUCUUUAACUGCAGGGAAGACUUUCGGAGCUUCUUUCUAUGGCGAUGGGUUUGUGCAUUUGAAAGCAGUUGAGUUGUCUAGUCAGACGUCGUUCCAUGUACGCUUUCGAACCUCUGGAGCCAGUGGCCUGCUGUUCUUGGCAGCCGGAGAGACGGACUUCCUCUGUGUGGGGCUGAAUUCUGGCAGAGCACAGGUGCGGAUUCAGCUUGGAUCUGGGGAACGGAUUAUUCGUUCUGAGAAGGGUUUCCCCUUGAAUGAUCUGACCUGGCAUACAUUAGAACUUCAACAUGAUAAUGAGAACAUCACGCUUACUGUGGACAAAAACUCUGUAACAUCUGCUAAGAUGCCAGGGCCUGACUUUGAACUGGAUGUCCAGGAUGGACUUUUUGUCGGUGGUGUCGGGGAUCUGGAAAAAUCCUACCUCUCAACAAAUGAAACUCCUGUUGGCUUUCGGGGAUGUCUGGACGAGGUUCUGUUCAAUGAGCAUAACCUCCUGUCCUCCCUUAGGCCUUACUCCGGAUACAAAAUGAUUCAUGAGGUGUCGCUUGGUUGCAGCCCACAGUUUUCAGCCACUGUCAACGAUUCUAUAAGUUUUUUCAGUUCCAAAGCAUUCAUGUCCCUACCAACAUGGGACGUACCCCAAGAGGGUGUAUUUGAAUGUGAAAUGCAUACAAUAUAUUCAGAGGGCAUCCUUUUAUACAGCUCUGCAGGAAAUGGUAACUAUUUUGCCCUGGAGAUCCAAAAGGGUCACCUUAUUUCUAUCAUUAAAAUAGGUGUAACCAAGACAGCCUUGCGUUCCUUGAUGGUCAUCAAUGAUGGGGCAUGGCACAUUUUGCGGCUCUAUUUGUCUCCUUUGAAUCUUCAGUUUACUUUGGGUUUGGAGAUGCACAAUUCCAGCUUUGGGAUAAAUGCCAGUGCGUUACAGUUUACUGGACCUCUGUUUCUAGGUGGGGUCGAUGUCAGCACUUAUGCAGAAGUCCGCAGGAAUAGAUUGCUCCCUAUGGUAGGAAAGCGCUCAGGAGGAGGUUCGUUUAAAGGCUGUCUUAGGAAUAUCAGAGUUAAUUACCAAAGGAUGGGCCUUCCAAAAGCAUUGGUGACCAAGGAUAUUUCUGUUGGUUGUGAACCACAAAAACAGCUUGGACCCAGUACCACAAGUCCAUCAGUUAUUACCAUAGAUUCUGAAAAUAUCACAGAUGCUCUACCUGAGAUGGACAAGAAAAAUUUCCUUUUACUCAAGGAUUUGGAGGUACUUGAAGGCGGACGGGCACCACUUGAGACUAAACACAUUAAGAUUAAUCUAGAGUUUCGUAAACUUGGGAUCCGACAGUCGCAGAUUAUGUUUCGGGUUGAAGAGCAGCCAGUCCAUGGGCAACUCCGACUUGAUGUUGACCCUGAUCUGGGUGAGAACACCUUCAGUAUUCUGGACCUCUGGCAUGGAAGGGUCAUGUAUGUCCAUGGAGGAUCCGAGGACCUAGCAGAUUUUUUCAUGUUUUCCAUCUUCACCAACAGCAAAAAGGAAGUGCCUAGCUUUCUCAAAGGGAACCGUCUGCACAGAUUCAACAUCAGCAUCACGCCUGUCAAUGACGCUCCCGAACUCAGCCUUCCUGAGGGCAGCCUCUUCAUUCUUCUAGAGCGCUCCAGACGUCGUAUGAGCACAGACGUCCUCAGGGUCAUCGACCCUGACAGUAACUCCACAGACCUGGUGUUCUCAGUCAUUGGAAACCUGAAUGCUGUUUCAGGCUUUCUAGAGUUCGAGGACCAACCAGGCAGAGCAGUUACCUCAUUUUCUCUAAGCGAUCUAGAGCAGGGUAAAGUAAGUUAUGUCCACAGAGGUGUCAAGAAUGCCAGAAUGGCUAUUAGGGUGAGCGAUGGGGACAGGUUAAGCAACACAGUGGUACUCAGGAUCAUAGCUGUUCCCCUAGAACACAAGGUUGCCAACAACACCGGAGUAGAGGUAACCCAAGGUGAAGCAACCUUUAUUAGUAACAAACAUCUUGCUGUGCAGGUCAAUGUUCCUAAACAAGCUGUGGACAUUCGCUAUGAUGUCACAGUGCCACCAAUCUAUGGUGAGCUUCAAAGGUUGCAUUCAAGUGGGCAGUGGAAGCAGACAAGCACGUUUACGCAAAAACUUCUGGAAAAGGAGCGUCUACGAUACCUCAACACCUUCCACGGGACGCAGCAAAGUAAUGUCACUGACAGUUUCAAAUGCAAAGCCACAGUCGGCUCAGCCAUUACGGACGAGUUGUUGUUUUUGAUUAGAGUACGCUGGAUUCGUUAUAGAAUCACCAGAAAUAAGGUGGAGAUAGAUGGUGAACAGAAAGUCACAUUGACACCUCAACAAUUCCACGUUGUUACCAAAGGGGCAAGACUUCCGGAAAAUGACCUUCACAUUCGUUUAUUGACAUUACCAAGGAAAGGACAUCUUCUUCUCGAUAAUAAGAUUUUAAAAAAGAACUCAAAUUUCAGCCAAGAUGACGUUUCUAAUCACAAGUUGCACUAUGAGCUCCUAGAAAGCCCAGUUGAUGAUACAAGGGACAUGUUUCACUUUCAAGUAUUUUCAAAAUUUGCCCUGUCAGGGAUUCAUGAGUUUAGAAUCAGCAUCAAAGCAGAUAUUCAUAACAUAAUUUUAAAAAAUCAUGGACUUUCUCUCUUGGAAGGGGAGAGCAAGGCCAUUACUAAGGAAAUGCUUUUUUCAGAGACACCCAGCUCUAGAGCAGUACACUACACUGUCACCAGCAGCCCUAAACAUGGGGUACUGAAAAAAAUAAACCUCUCUAAUUCCUCUGCCAGCAAUGACAGCAUAACAGAGUUCACCAAUCAGGACAUUUCAGAGGAACGCAUCUUGUAUGUCCAUGAUGAUAGUGAAACCGCCCAUGAUGCAUUUACAUUCCUGGCCUCUUUUGGCUCUCUGAAAAAUAAGUCCCAAGGCACGGAGGGUACAUUUAAUAUUUCCAUCCAGUUGGUUAAUGAUCAGAAACCCAUCCGUGUUGUGGAUAAAGUUUUCCAUGUGGUGCGUGACAGCCAGCGGUUGCUUACACUGGACGAUUUGUGCUACCAUGAUGCUGACACAGACUUUGAUGACAAAGAUCUGCUUUAUACCAGACGAAAGAUCCCUAUGGGUGAACUGGUCCUUUUAAAUGACACCACACACAAGCUUUAUCAAUUUCAUCAGAAGGACUUAGAAGCGAAGAGAGUGCUGUUCAUUCACAAAGGAGUGAGUUACGGCCGCUUUGUCCUCUUCAUAUCUGAUGGGAAACACUACACAUCAACACUACUUGAAGUGUCGGCCCAUGAUCCAUUUGUAAGGGUGGCGAACAACACGGGACUUUUGGUCCAGAAAGGCAAGAUGGCCAGUUUAGGAGUUGCUAAUUUCAGUAUCUCCACUAAUAUGGACGUUAGGCAUGAUGAAGAAGUGGUCUUUGAGGUGUUUCUUCCACCGAGCCACGGGACUCUUUACUGCAAUGAUAUAAAAGCAUACACUUUCACACAGCAUGACUUAAAGAUGGGCCUUGUUGUGUAUCAUCACGAUGACAGUGAAAUACUGGAGGACUUUUUUAACUUCACCAGCAAAGUUAAAGGCCUCCGUCUGGAUGUAAGUGUGCCAGUUAAGGUGUACCUUGAGAGUCACCAGAAGCCUCCAAGAGUUAUUCACAAUAACCCAGUUGUGGUGGAAGAAGGAAAGCCUGUCAAAAUCAACAAGGAAAUUCUCCAGGUUGUUCAUGAGGAUAACAAACCGUUUGAGAUUGUGUAUACUGUGAAGGUGGCACCCACCUAUGGUUUUCUGCGGAUAUCUAUGCUAGAAGAAAAUCACUACCGUGGCAGUCAAGAGAAUCCCAUCCAAAGCUUUUCGCAGGGUGAUAUCAAUGAAGGGCAUGUUCAGUAUGUUCAAACCGAACGUGGAUAUGUUAAUGACUCUUUCUCACUUGACAUAACCAAUGGCGUUCUAACAGUCUGUGACCUUGUAGUCAUAGUGGAUAUUAUCCCACUGCACAUCCCAUUAGAGGUGUCCAACAUGACCCUGAUAGAGGGUUCUUCUAAAGCUCUCACUCAGGAUAUCAUCAAAGUUGUCCACCGACACUUUCAAGGACUUCAGAUCUUCUUUCUUGUAACCGAGGGGCCGCAUCAUGGGCGAAUUGAACACUCAAGGAUCCCUGGUGUUCCCAUCCCAUCUUUCACAAGGGCUCAAGCUGAACAGGGAUUCAUAUUCUAUGUCCAUGAUGGAAGUGAGACAUUGGCUGAUAAUUUUACAGUGGUGGCCAAUAACACAGAUAUCCGGAAGCAAAGUUUGCCAUUUGUGGUUUAUGCCAAUAUAACACCCAUUAACGACGAACCUCCAAUUGUAACUGUCAACAGAAUACUCAAGGUGUGGGAAGGUUCUGUAACACAGAUAACCACUGAAGACCUCAGUUCCGAGGAUCCAGAUUCUCCUCCCGAGAGUCUAGAAUUCAUCAUCACUCCACCAAGCAAUGGACAUCUAGCCCUGAAGAGCGCCCCCUCCAGGCCCGUUCUGAACUUCACCCAAGAGCAUAUCAGUCAUGGCCAGCUGGUGUUUGUACAUAGUGGUGCCCUAUCUGGAGGAUUUCACUUUCAAGUCAACGAUGGGUUGAACUUUGCUCCAAGGCAAAUCUUCAGUGUGACAGCCCAAUCUCUGGUUAUCAGCUUAGAGAAAAAUCAAGAGCUCAAAGUUUUCCCAGGGGCUUCAGAGUUAAUUACUGAGGAUGACCUGCUGAUAAUCACAAAUGACUUUGAUGAUAUUUAUGGCAAUCGCACCAUUGCAUACACUGUGACAUCACCUCCAAGAUUUGGCGGCCUGAUUUGGAAAAAAGAUGAAAAUUCCACAGAAGAAAUCUCCUCCUUUACCCAAAACAUGGUGAAGGAACAUGCUGUGCUGUAUGCACAGACUAAACCUAUUUCAUGGAGUGCUACAGAUUCCUUUACCUUCACUGCAUCAUGCCCCCCAGCAUACCUCCAAGCUCAUACCUUUAAUAUCCACAUCUCAUAUGAAAAUACAGGCCCGGAGCAUAGGAGUGCACUCUUAACAAAUACUGGUGCUGUUGUCGCCGAAGGCAGUAGUGUUCUCAUUGAUAAAUCAAAACUGGAUGCUGCAAACUUUUUGGGAAAAUUAGAUGAAGCUGAACGCAAUUUCUAUGAGAUCUGGUUCGAAAUCACCUCUUCACCCCACCAUGGUACAAUUGUUGUAGGUGAGAAGAACCUGACACAUCAAAGACCAAAGUUCUCUCAACUUAACCUUCAUAAGCAUGGAAUCAUUUAUGUACAUGACGACUCUGAGACCACUCAUGAUAACUUCACUUUUGACGUGUGGCUAAUUCCCAAAGGAAAGCCUGUUCAACGACCUCAGAAUAUAGAUUAUAUAGUAUCUGGAAUAUUUAACAUCACUGUCACCCCUGUAAAUGAUCGGCCUCCUGUGCUCAAGUCCGGAUCCCUUCGACUCAAAGUAGUCAAAGGGGACACCGUGACCUUGGAACCCGAGAACCUUUAUGUGGAGGACCAAGACACUCCACCUGAGGAACUUUCGUAUACUGUCAUCAGCAAGCCCAAAAAUGGCUUCCUUGCUUUGGAGGGUCAGCUUAACAAGUCUAUCAGCACCUUCACCCAAGCUGAUGUAAAUCAAGGAAGGGUGCACUUUGUGCAAAAAGGGGAACUCUCAUCAGGGGUUAUCUACUUCAGCAUCACUGAUGGAUUCCACAGACCACUCUACAAGCUCUUCAGUGUAGAGGUGGAGAAUAUCACCAUUAGUGUGGUCAACAACACUGGACUGACUCUGCUGCAAGGCCAGACCACAGUGACUCUGACAUUUGAGAACCUGGCCGCAGUGUCUAAUGAGAGACAUGCAUCCAUCAAGUAUUUGGUUACAAGCCCACCAAGUCAUGGGAGUGUCAUGGUUAUGAAAGAACCAGUCACACACUUUGACCAAGAGGAUCUGCACACUGGCAGAGUGUUUUAUAACAUGAGUGACAUGUCGUCCCCUCGAGACUGCUUUGAGUUUAUGGUCUUCACAUCUGAGAGUAACCUGACCAACCAGGUGGUCAACAUCACAGUCAAGCCACUGAUCCACCUUGGAGAGCAUGUCAGGAUCCCAGAUGGCAUUCCAGUGAAGCUACGAAAGGACGUCCUGGAUGCUACAGAAUUGGCCUCCCUUAGUGCUAGCGAUCCAGUUUUUGAAAUCGUUGAGCCGCCGAAACAUGGAAAGCUAGUCAAAAUUACAUUUGACCUCGGAGGAGCCUCUCACUCGGUGGAGUCCUUCUCAUUCAGGGAUGUGGAACAAGGCAGAGUAGCUAUUGAGGAACACAUCAACCUCCACACCAUUUAUGGCAACGCAACAGCACCCAGGUACAACAUCACUGCGGUCCAUCCACUCAAUGACUCGUUCGUUUUCCUUUUGAAGGCAGACAAUGUCCAGCCUGCCAUGGGCGAAUUUGUGUACCUGGUAUUACCUUAUGACCCCCUUACAGGGAAGCAUAUGCUUUCAGAGCCGACGAUGCCGACGUUAAACAGAACAACAAAUGCUAUGUACCCUCCAUCUCACACAGAUCCAUCAACAAGACCACACAGGACAGCUUCAAAGCUAAAACCACGAAACCGCUGGGGAAACCACACACGAAGCAGAUCCACGGUCCCUCACGUGCACCGUACCACUAUGAGCAAGUCGGACCCCUCCCCGAAAAACACUUUGGUGAGGAUGGAGUCUUUACCGAGACCUGCAUCUGAUCCCCUGCUCAUCAUCCUGCCACUUCUGGCCUGCCUCCUCCUGAUUGUUAUUCUUGUGGUUCUCAUACUUGUCUUCCGGCACCGAAGGGAAAAGCGUGCCCACCCGGCAAUGAUACAGGACCUAACAGGGAACCCUGGAGAAGAUAUUUUAGCCAGAGGCCCGUAUCUGGGUCAGCCUGAGAGAAGUCUCACUGUUCCUUCGGUUAUAGUAACCCCACUCACUCCGAGUUGCUCGGAUAGUCCUGUUUUACAGGAAGUACAUGAUGCAGCUUUGGUGCCAGCAGUUGAACAAGCUGUGUCUCCAUUUCUCCUUUGCACAUGGAAUCCACUUAACCCCGUUUCUGUCCAGCAAUGUUCACCAGCAACACCACCCCUCAAACAAAACCAAUACUGGGUCUGACUCAGCUUUUUUUUUUUUUUUAUCACAUCCAGAUGUUGCUUGAAGUCAUUUUGUGAACUAUCAAUGUGCAUGACCAUCAUAGGAGACAAAUCUGGCAGAACAAAGCGACUAACUUUCAUACCAUACAUUGGGAAACGUAAAUAUCUAAUCAUACUAUUGCUGACGUUUGGUUUUUCACCUUGCAGACUCUGAAGGUCUCUUGGCUCAGUAUCAAGGGAUAGACUGUCAAGUAACUAAAAAUUUAACAUUCAUUUUUAAUGUUAAUCCUAUUGUUUCAGUUUUGUCCUGCCACAGCUUAGAUGUUUUUGUGGCUUUGUUUUUUUGUUGUUGUUUCUUUUGUUUCUUACAAAACACAGAUGGCCACCAAAUCUUAUUACAUAUAUCUUAUUACAUUUUCCAAUAUACAUAGUCAGAAAAAAUGUGGAAGAAUUUUACAUUUAGCUCUGGGCAGGGUACCGGUGUAACUCUUAAGGCCCCGAUAUACUUCAAACAAAAUCGAAGAAUGAACUGAAAUUACAUGAUUUUUUUUAACCAAAUCAGAUUUCAAAACAGGUGUGUUCUGAAGCUGGAUUUUUUCUUCACGGUUGGUCUCUCUUUCUGCCGGGGUCAGGGAGCAACAUCUCCAAGUCACUAUAUAUAUAGCUGAGCUGCCACAGAUAUGUCUUCGCCUCUAUAACGAAAGCAAUUAAUUCCUACAAAGAAAUUACAACAAAGCUCAUGUCAACGACCCGGAGUUAAAAGCGACGUAAAGAAACACAAGUGUCAGAAUGUUUGAAACAGCCUUUUCCAACUUCUUUUUGCCCUCAGAAGAAUGAAAAAGAAGUUUGUUUGAAGUAUGUUGGGCCCUUUAAGGUACUAAUAUGCACCCUUUAUGCAAAUGUACAAACUAGCAAUGUUUCAUUCAUCUUACUGAAUGUAGUAUAAUCCAAAUGUUGUCCUAAAUUUAAAUCCUUUGCACAUUUUAGAGGUCAAACAUUAGAAGUGUUUACAUGCAAUGUACUUGGUUUUUAUAAAAUACAGAUAUAGGUCGCUGUUCUGCUGAACCCUUCAUGUAGUAACAAUACAUUAUUGUUUUAAUGAUUAUAAGCAGGGGCGGAGCAAGGGGCGUGGCCGUGGCAGUUUUUGUCCCUUUAUUUUCCUUGGCAAGAAGUCCAUUUAUUAAGAUGCGGAGCUGUUGUUUCUCUUUUAUCAAAUCAGACGCGCACUUCAACUUCAGCAUCAGCCACAAGUCAAACGAGUGCAGAAAAUGUGCCAGACGUAGAGUCAGUAGAGUGCUGUCUGAUGAGAUGUUAUACAUCAGUAAAACAAACUUCCCCAUCCUGGCAGAUGUUUUACUGUGCUCACACUCUCCAACUUUAUAUGACUCUUUAUGGCCAACUUGAAACAGCAUACAAUAUAGUUCAUUAAAUGACAAAAAAGCAAUUAAAGCUGCAAACUGUGCAUAUAUGUAUAAUAUGAAUGUUUCUCAAAUACAUGCACUAAAAUAUAUUCUGCAAUUUGAGAUCACAUAAGGCACGAGCUAAUAAUGUUUUGUUUUUUUUUUUCGUAAUUUAAUGCACAAAUGUGAGCAGGGUGCAUUUAACUCUGGGUGUUUUGAGAACCAGAACCAAGCCGACUGGACAAUGGACGAUAGUCAGCUCCUUUAUUAAAAUACCUGGAGGUGAAGAAUAAUAUAGUAGAAGGCCCCGCCACUGAUUAUAGAGUUGCUUAAAUAAAAAAAAAUAUUGUUAUUACAUGUUAGACUACAGGCAAGUGCAAUAGGGAAGAUAAAUAAAUUCACUUUGUUUGUUAUUAUAUAUAGUGCAAGAAACAGAAUAUACAAGAUAACUAAGCUGAAUAUUUCUUUCACUUCUUCUAUCUAAAUGUUUUUUUUGCUGUACCCAAUGCCUUAUGUUUAUUUAUAUAAUCACUUUGCUGUAAAAAGUGUCAGAACGUAACGCAAUUGAAGAGAGAACUGAAACUACAGUAAGGUGCAGUUUAAAGAAGUGUCUAAAAUUAAAAUACCACAAAAACAAAACCACCCUCAGAAAUAUUGCAUCACAAUUUUUACAUUCUUAGCAAGAUGGCAUUAGUGGGAGAUACAACAGAAACAUGCGUUUAUCUUUUAUUACCUAUAAUUUACUACGGGCUACAGAUUCAUGAAUGUUUACAUGUAUGUGUGUAUUUACGUCUGUGUGAAUGUUAGAUGCAUUCAUGUAAAAAUGAUUGUCGUUAAAUGUAUAAAUCUAUUAAUUAAUAAAUUAUUGUUUUUUUAUAAUCCUAUGGACAGUUUUGAAACAUAACAGAAUCAAAUGUAUGAUUAAUACAGUAUAUAACAUACAAGAAUGUAAUUAGGGUUAGGGUUGAAUUGCAUUGCAUUACUGGUAAUUAAUUUAAUAUAGCACCAAAAUAUUGAUAUGAACAGUGCUCAAUAAAAACUCAAAUGAACAGUGCAGUCAUUCUUUUCCCCAUUAGCGUUGUUUUAUGCACAAAACGUGUGGGCUUGUUAGUGAUCAGGUUGUGUGAAUAAAUUCUUCAUGAUUAAGCGUGUGGAAAGAGAAGCCUAACUUUAGCUCUGAUAAAUAAUUCAAACGCAGUGAGAGACCGACUGCUCCGGGCAGCUCUGCUUUUUCUCCCUAGUAAGCACAGAAACUAAUAACGGUGUAAUCUCCUUCAAGAGGGCAUUUGAUUGAUUGGAGCUCUGAGGCCCGAGUACGUCCAUCUUGGAUGAUAAUUCUUCCCUUUUCGAGUCUUUUUCAAGAGUUCUUAAAACAUUUUUAUGAUGGACCACUUUAAGAGUAAAACAAUAAAACUCUAUUCUAAACUAUUCUCAAACUAAAAUAUUGAUAAGCAUUUCUAACAUAUCCCCUACACUGACCCGUAACAGUUAAAUUGUCAAAGUGAGACAACGGAUUAUUUUUGUCAAUACGCAUGUUGAUCAGUUGACUGUUGUUUUGAACUUAUUGGAUGAUUAAUUGAAUGUCUGUGCUUUUUGUCAAAUAUCUAUAUUUAGGUCUGUUUUGUUAAACCAGCUCAUAAAACUGGCAGACCAGUGGGAAUCUCUCACCAGGGGUCCAGAGUUUGACAAAUACAGUUCCAUUUUUAAGGUUUCACUUCAUUUGUUUUUGCUCAUGCAGCUGAUUAUGGUCUCGAGCUCUUAAAAUAUAUCCACUAAGCUCACGUUAAACUGAAUAAUGAAAGUGCUGGUAAACUAGUAGCGUGAGGGAUCCUCUCUGCCUCGUCUGGAAUGUCCUCGAGAUAAAGAGGGUUCAGCCCAUGUUUUCUAGGUCAUUGUUCCUUUGCACUUCUCCUCCAGGGCCGAGAAACUGUGUCUCAUCUUUCUCUUGCAAGCUCCUAAUAUAAAACAGACACAGGCCU